UAAUUAUGGAAGAUUUUGACUUGCUUUAUUUGAUAAAAACACCAUUUUACCUUGGGAAUCCUUCCAAAGCUCAAAGCGAAGCUGAAGACCUCGAAAUAGAUGAAUCUGAUACAAAGAAUGAAGAGCUUAAAAACUUCUUCCUUAUCAGGAUCCUUCUUGAAUUAGGAGAUUUGCCAAAGCUUAAAGCAUUUAUGUCAAAAAUCUAUGAGAAAAAUGAGAAAAUGGUUAUGCUCAGUGGCCAGAUGAUUCAAUAUUUCAUUUCUGAAAAGGCAGAUAGCAGCAUUGAUGAAGAAAUUGAGACUGCAAAGAAGUCUCUGACAACUUAUCCAAUCUCACAUCUUACAAUUUUGGCAUACAUGACAUAUCUGACUGGGGAUUACGAUAAUUUAUUCUUUUUGACCAGUAAGACCAAGAACCUAGAGCUCUUAUCAAUUAAGUUCUGAGGGUUCCUUCAGAUCUUCAGAUACGACCUUGCCAAAGAAACUCUGAACAAAAUGUCAGAAGUAGAUGAUGACAAUUGACUUACAUCAAUUUGUGAGAUCCUUCUCGGAUUUACAGCAAAGGACUCAAUAGAUAAGUGUAGGGAAAAAGUAGUUGAAAUGGCUAAUAAGAAUGACAAAUACACCUUGAAGAUCUACACUCUUCUGGCUUUGACUCGCAUGAGAGAAAAUAAAUUCCAGAAUGCAUUCAAAAUCUUCUCAAAAGCAUUGGAAACUCUGAAUGUAUUAACUGAUCACACUGAGUAUGCGAAAUAUAGCACAAAGAACAACUCUGACACCAUCUGCUUCUGAGUAAAUUACCUGAAGUGAAGCAAGAUCUUGUACAUGCCAACAUCAGACACUUCUGAAAAGAUAGAGAAACUGUUGAAGGUGGUCAGUCCUAACCAUCCUUAUUUCACAGAGCAGGAAGCAGCCAACGAGUUGUUCGAUGAAGCUAUACUUGAGUAA